AUGUUCAGAGCAAACGACGACAAUAAGCCCUUUAAAGUACUGAUCGUUGGUGGCGGCCUUGCAGGCCUCGUUUUAGCCAAUGGUUUAAAAAACAAGGGUAUCUCCUGUGAAGUGUAUGAACGCGACGUCGAUCCGGAUUUUCGUACUCAAGGAUGGUCUCUCUCGAUGCAUAUGGCUCUUCAAACUCUUCAUGAUUGCAUUCCCAAACAUCGAUUUGAGUAUUUUGGCAGAGAAGUUGGGGUUAAUCACGAAAAGAAUGAAGGAGGAAUGACCUUUACAAACUUUAAUGGCCUGACCGGUGAGAUCGAGACAACACUUACAGCUCCUCCUUAUAAAGUCUAUCGUGUAAAUCGAAAACGUUUUAGAAAAUGGCUUUUGCAAGAUGUGCAAGAUUUGGUGCACUGGAAUAAGAAAGUAAGUCGUUAUGAAGAGCAUGCAGAUGGUGUAAAAGUCUUUUUCGCGGAUGGAACACACGCCGAAGGUGAUCUACUCGUGGCUACAGAUGGUAGCAUGUCAACUGUGGCUCGUCAAUUACUUGGUGAAGAAAAGUUUCAAAGUAUGACUCGUAUUCAUGGUGUACGUGGUUAUGGCUGUAGUCGUUGGAUAUCAGAAGAAGAAUGGAAUGCUCUUGCACCAGAAGGCACCGUGUCUGGAAUCAUACAUGGACGUAUGCCUGCAGAUGCUCCGGAUGAUGGAUUCUCCAAGCCAGCUCUCAUCUUUUACUGUUUAAACAAGGUUGAUCGUAGCCGAGGUAACACGCCAUACGAUGUUCUUUGGUUCCUUAGUAGAUAUACCGAGAACCCAUCUCCUCCUAUGCCAGAUGGAUCGAACAAUACUGAAAUCAUGAAGAAACUCAAAUCCUGCGCCACUAAUGCAUUCCCUGGUGUAACUGCACAUCAACAAUUCAUUGUAAACACACCUGAUGAUACUCCACUUGUCGGUAUCACCAUACGCGAACGAGUACCUGUCUAUGAUGUAUAUAUGGCCAAUACCCAACGUGUCGUGUUGGCAGGCGAUGCUGCUGAUCCCAUGUCCAUGUUCCGAGGAGAAGGCGGUAAUCACGCUAUUUUAGAUGUCGGUGUCUUGGUCAAUGAAAUCAAUAAUGUCGUAUCCAACUCAAAAUCGCUGAAAGAAGCCAUCUCCGAUUACUACAAAGAAAUCAUUCCCCGUGUUGAGCAAGCAGUAGAGGCAUCCUCUAGAGCAGCUACAAUAAUGCAUACUAAUCCUGAAGGUAUUCGUCAAAUGAUGGAAGAAAGAGCUGCUCUCGUAAGAAAGGCACUAGAAGAAGAAGAAGCUCGUGCAUGA